GGUGUGCGUGCGUGUAUUUGUUUGCUUCUAAUGUGCAGUCCUUCGUGUGUGUGUGUUGUCAUAUAUUGACGUAAAAAUGAUCAUAACUAAAGGUCUUUCAGAAACAAACGCUUAAAUUAUAUCCUGGAGUAAUUAGCACUUUUCAAUUACCCAACAACAGUGAAGACACUUGAUAGCUGUCAAACAACGGUCAUGACCUGAACGACAAGAGUAAGGAGCGUGAGAAAGAGGGUUGGAGGACGGCAGGGGGCGUGGCGACUGGCGGCCUGAGAAUAUAUAUAGACAUAUAAGUCGAAAACAUCACAGGUAUCUGAAGGUCCAGGAUCCGUUGCCAUGAAGACUGUCAUUGUUGUUCUGUUGGCUGUCGCGGUGGCAGCAGAGCAGAAGCGCGAGGCGGAUCCCCACUAUGGCUACGUCCGUCCUUCCUAUCUCCAUCACGGACUUCACCCUGUGGGAAUCGCUCAUCACCCGGGCCACGCCACCUCAUAUGUGCACUCCCAUGUCGGCAAGAGGGAAGCCGAGGCCGACCCUCACGCUGGACACGGCGCUCGGUUCCUCUACCACGGACUCCACUAUCCCGUUGGAAUCGCCAGCCAUCACGGACUUCACCCUGUGGGAAUAGCUCGUCACCCUGGCCUCGCGACCUCGUACGUGCACUCCCACGUGGGCAAGAGGGAGGCUGAGGCCGAGCCCAAGCCUCACGUGGGAUACGCCCUUCCCUACGGCUACCUUGGGUAUGGUGGAUAUGGUUACCCACUUUCCUACGGUUACCAAGGAUACUAUCAUGGAUACUAUCCUUAUCGUCAUAGCCUCCUUGGUUGAACGAAGAACAAAGUUUGAAUAUGGCCUCUUGUAGGAAUUGUUCCGGUUGACAAAACUAAAUCUCCCUGUACUGAGCAUGAACUUUCUACUAAGCUAAUAAAAUAAUGUCAGUUUUA